AAGAUUAAGAUCAAGCUCUCUCCUUCUUACCACUCACUCUCACAAUGGCGGUCUGCAACACCCGGGCCAGCUCUGUAAUAUUUCGCCGUGUCCUGCCUUCCCUACGUCACCCUUUGGCUCGUAGCGGCACCCUCCCCCUUCCGUGUCUUCCAGAAAACGGUCGCCAACUCUACACACCUGCAGCUCUCGGCCUUGAUCAGUAUACACACCUGCGCACAGACACUCGAGCCAGGUUUGCAAGCGGCGUGGACUCGUUCAAGGCCAAAAUGAGAGAAAUACUUACAAAAAAUGACACUGCUAUGAUUUUUACCGAAGAUUUGAAGAAUGUGUUGCACCUGGCUGAAGGAAAUGAAGAAGAUAUGAAAUUAGUGCGGGAUAUGGCCAUCAGGUUCAACAAGCAACACCAAGGCUUACGGUUCGGCAUGUACGUAUUUGGGCCUGUGGUGAUGCGCACAUACCACACACUCCGACAGCCGCAGGAGGCUCUAGAGGCACUGAAUGACCCCCAGCUGACUGGAUUCUUUGACCAACUAAUCUCGUAUCAAGUUGCAAUGGACCUUUUAUUUGAAGUGGGUCAGUUUCAACAAGUUCUGGACACGUUUGGACUGGUGCAGGACAGGCGUGUGACAGGUGUGAGGUACCCCAAGAACUGCCUCACCCUUGCUGUUGCUGCCUGUUACAAAAUGGGCACACAGGAGAGCUUCCAUCACCUUCAGGAGCUGCUGCAGAGUAUGGCUGAUUAUGGCAUCCCACUAAACAGACGUCUGGCAACACUGGGGGCGGCCUUGGCACUGUCUGUUGGGCAUCCCCAUGUUGCCCUUGACCUUGUGCUUCGCUCGUCAUCUGCCACACACAUCACUGUUCGUUCUAUCAAGGUCAUGGCCCUUUGCCAGCUUAGGAGAGUGGAAGAGGCUGUUCUUGCCCUUAGGUCAAUUACAGAGAUUGACCUUCCACGCCCUGCCAGGUCAAAUCAGGGCAUUUACAUCUUGAGGGAGGCGGUGAGGGAGGUGGAGGAGGCAGUGAAGGAGGCAGGAAGGAAAGACCAGGUAGCAGAGUUUGGCAGAAUUCAGAAAUGCCUUGAGGAAGCUGGUGCCAUCUCUGAUAAGAGUCUGGAGGAAGUCCUAUGCCAGCCUAUAGACAAAUUUGAGAAGCGUGUGGGGCAAGACAGGGCUAUUCUCAGUGCCUCCUUUGCCCACCCCCCAACCCAGCCGAGACACGCCCGCAGACACGCCCAUCCUAGCGCCCCAAGACCUCCCAAAAGACAAGGCCUUCUAGAUAUGGAAUAAUGUGUGUGUGUGUGUGUGUGUGUCUGUGUGAGUGUGUGUGUGUGUGUGUGUGUGUACAUUACUGGUGUAACUGUCGAUAAAUGAAUAAAUAUUUGAAAUGA